AGUGCACGGUUCAGUUUAAAAACUACUGACGAAGUAAGUGAAAACCAUGGAUUUGUCGGGAAUUCCCGGUGGACAAGUUCGCAAAGAGAUUCGCGAAACUAUUGAGAACCAACUACAAUCGCAAAAUUAUAGAGUGACUGUAACCGCGGCAUCGAAAGAGGGCGAAAAUAAUUUUGUGGGUGUCGUUUAUCGCGUAUCAUUUAAUGCAGUAGACGAAUCUGAAAAUAAUACAAAGUCGAGUAUGAUUGUCAAGGUUGCUCCUCAAAAUGAAACGCGUCGAACACAAUUUCAUUUGCGUGAACGGUUUUUGCAAGAAAUUUUUAUGUACAAUGAGGUAUUGUCGUAUUUCCGUCAAUUUGAGCUGUCCAAAGGUGUAAUCAACAAGGAAAACGGCUUCACCGAAUAUCCCAUCUGUUAUCGAACACUCGAUGAAGACCCAAGUGAAUGUCUGUUACUUGAAGACCUAAAUAUUCGAGGUUUCUCUAUCAUAGAUCGUUUUACCGAAGAAGUGACAGCGGAUCAUGUUCGUUUGUUCAUGAAAGCGUUGGGCAAGUUACACGCACUUUCGUUUGCCUUAAAUGAUCAACAACCAGAAAAAUUUCAAGCACUUGCUUCGAAUUUAAAGGAGUGCAUACGCACUGAUAAUUCCGUCUUCAGAGAUUACUUCCGUAAACAAACCGAACAUGUAUUGGACAUUUUAAGACAUGAAGAGGAUACCGAUUUGUUAUCUAGAAUGAAGGAUCUCUUCAAAACCGAUGCAAUUGACAUCGCCGCUAAUUGCCUCAAUCCAAAAUCUGCCGAAAAUGGUUCAGUAAUUUCGUAUGGAGAUGCUUGGCAAAAUAACAGCAUGUACAGAUAUGACGAUCAGGGUAAACCGAUCGAAAUUAGCUUUCUAGAUUGGCAAAUAUCAAGGCAUUCAACGCCAAUCAUUGAUAUUGCUUAUUUUAUAUUCAGUUGCACCACAAAAGAACUACGCGAUGCCCAUUAUGAUGAAUUCUUGAACAUUUAUCACGACAAUUUAUCGGCACAUAUUCGUAGAUUGGGUUCUGACCCGGACAAAUUAUUUUCUUAUGACGUGAUGCAGGAGCAUUUACGUAAAUUUGGCAAAAUUGGCCUAAUUUUCGCAACAAGCGUACUUCCAGUGAUAACGGCAGAAAAAGGAAACGUACUAGACUUAGACGAAGUAGCAAAUAGUAUUGCGAACAGUGGUAAUGCGGAUCAUUACAAUAAUUUCAUCUCAGAUAAAUCGCGUGACAAAUUUAACAAGCGCAUGAAAGGUGUGGUUGUUGAUAUGGUGCGAUUGGGAUAUAUUUGAAUUUAUUGAUUUCCAGUGUAAAAUUCACACUCAUACCUUACACACAUGUUCAAUUAAUGGAUUGGGUUAUUAGAAAAAGUAAAAGAUAUAUAAAAUAAAUAAAAUAAUUGAUUUUGUUUGUUCGAUUCCUUUGAAUAAUUGACUGAUCGUAAUAAUUUAACAAUUGAUUUUCAGCCAUGAAAUAUUAACUCAAAUAAGCAAAAUCGCGAAAUUGCAAUAAAAAAAGAACGGUUAUUGAUCGUAAUCAUACUGUAGAAUGUGUAGCUAUCCACAAAAUAAAAUCGCGAAGAGUAUGUAUGUAUUGUGUCCUUGUUAUCCCAUUAUUAUUUAAUAGCUUGUGAUGGGCAAUGACAGCGUCAUAUUUUGUACCACUCAAUACUCCUCAGAUACGCAUCAGCAUAUCUAAUCAGUCAAUUGUGUUUCAUAGAUGCUGGCAACUUCACUAGAUAAAAACAUCCGGUUUUUCGCUACGGUAUUACAUCAAUUGGGUUUUUAUCGGUCAUCAACAUCAUUUGAGGCAAAAUUGGUGGAAUCAAAUCCAUCAUUUGUAUGUGUUUUCGUAAACCAUCCAAAUUGUAACAAUUGAACAGAUAGACUAAUUUUCUGCAAAACUUUGAUGGGUGACUGUUGUUUUUAUAUCAUAUUUGUGAAGAACAUGAAAAAAACUUCCGAUAUGAAUAUAUGGCUUAUUUGUAUUUUUUUAGAAAAGUGGUUUAUUUUGAGACCAUGUUACAAUCAGAACUAUGUUACUAUUUGGAUGGUUUAAGAUAUGUUUUACGCCAGAAUAGUUGCUUAGGCAAUCUUACCUUGUGCGGCCAAUAAACUUUACAACAUAUAGCAUCAAACUUAUUGGGCUAUCCAUAAUGACUAUGUACACACAGAGAAAUAAAUGUAGUUUGAUUAUUCGAAGCAACUCAUUUCACACGCAUGUUUCUUGUGUUAACUUUAUAAACUGUAAAACAUACAGUGAAUAUAAACAACCAUUUAAGAUUAUAGACAUGCUAUAUGAUCAUUCUGAUUUAUUGCGCUCUGAAAUCAUUUAUUUAAAUUUAUAAACAUGUGUAAGUAUUAUAAUCAUUCAGAUGAUUGCAAUAAAUUUAUACCAAAAUUGUAUACAUUCCACUCACUAUAUACCCGAUUCACAACACAAACCGAACUUUCACACCAAAGCAAUAGGUUUGAUUGUAUCAGGCAUCGCUUACAUAGGGUGCAUUUAGUGUUAUACGCUACACAUUCUUCAUUAAUUUCAAAGAACAUUUAAACUGACACAACCAAAUUGUUUGCUGUCGAACUUUGUCUCGCUCAUACCAACUGUCACACUGAAUCGCCUCGCAUCGCCAUCGUAAAUCAUCGAUACCACUCACUUUAUGUUUUUUACAAAAGAGCUGCGUGAUGCCCAUUAUGACAACUUCUUGAAAGUUUAUUACUAUAGUUUAUCCGCACACAUCCGCAG